AUGGGGUAUCCGAAUUCGCGCCUUUUCUCUCUCUCUUGUUUACUCUUCACUACGCUAACUCUUCUCCACCACCCCACCGUCUCCUUCGCUCAGACGCUCUUCGUGUUUGGCGACGGCUACUACGACGCCGGCAACAAGCAGUUUCUCUCCGCGAAUCGUGUCGCCGCCGAUUUUCCGCCGUACGGAAUAACUGUCGGAGAAGCAACCGGACGGUGGUCCGAUGGCCAUAUAGUUCCCGACUAUCUCGCUGGAUUCAUGGGUAUCCCCAAAAUACCACCGAUUCUCCAUAGCUCUGAGGAUUUCUCUCACGGUGCUAGCUUCGCUGUCGCCGACGCCACCGUCCUCGCUUCCCCUCUCGAGACGAUGACUUUGUCUCAACAAGUGGUGAAAUUCACACAAAGCAAGAACAAAUGGACCGACGAAGCUUUAUCAGAAGCUAUCUACUUGACCUACAUUGGCUCUGAAGAUUACUUGAAAUAUGCCAAGAACAACCCUAAUCCUUCUGAUGAUAAAAAAAAAGACUUUGUGGAUCAAGUCAUCACUUCCAUUGAAGCUGCAAUAAAGGUGGUUCACGAGGCGGGAGGGAGGAAAUUCGCAUUCCAGAACUUGGCGCCGUUAGGCUGCUUACCGGCGGUGAAACAAGAGAAAGGAAACAACGAGAAAGAUUGCGUGAAGUUGCCUUCAGAGAUGGCAGCAUUACACAACAAGAACCUGUUGAAGCUCAUGGAGAAACUAGCUGGAGAUCUCGAGAGUUUCCUCUACUCUCUCUACGAUUUCCACAGCUCCAUCCAGAACAGAGCGCUCGAGCCCGAGACUUACACAUUCCUUACAGGAACGGCUGCUUGUUGCGGGACAGGGUAUCUAAACGGGACGGGUUGUGCAGCCAACAACGUAUGUGCCAAGCCAGGAGACUAUGUCUUCUUCGACGGUAAGCAUUUGACACAAGAAGCCAACUUCCAGGUGGCUCAUUUGAUGUGGAAUGCGGAUCCUGUAGUCGUUGGACCCAACAAUCUCCGUGAGCUUCUCGUAUUUCCACUCGACGCAGCUGCCACUAGACUCAAGCAGAACAAGAUUCAGAUCAUCUACGACCAAGUUCGUAAAGCUGGCUCUUUUAUGAUGUAA